CUGUGGCGUCGGCUUCCGGAGGCUGGGCCGCGCCGCGUCCGUAGGUGCCGUUGAGCUGCGGGGUGAGGAGGCGGCGAGCCGAGGCGGGUCUGGCCUGGCGGUGCCUCGGCGGCGGGGGCCCGGGGAGCGGCGAGCGGGGCUCCGGGCGGCGGAGGAAAAGGAGGGGACCUAGGCCGGGGAGCGCUCUGCGCCACCGCCGCCAUGCUCAAUAUGUGGAAAGUCCGGGAGCUGGUGGACAAGGCCACCAACGUGGUUAUGAAUUAUUCAGACAUUGAGUCUAAGGUUCGAGAAGCAACCAAUGAUGAUCCAUGGGGACCUUCAGGGCAGCUCAUGGGAGAGAUUGCCAAAGCUACAUUUAUGUAUGAGCAGUUUCCAGAACUUAUGAACAUGCUGUGGACUCGAAUGUUGAAAGAUAAUAAAAAGAACUGGAGGAGAGUUUAUAAGUCUUUGCUGCUCCUAGCUUACCUCAUAAGGAAUGGAUCAGAGCGUGUUGUUACGAGUGCCAGAGAACACAUUUAUGAUUUGCGCUCCCUGGAAAAUUACCACUUUGUAGAUGAGAAUGGCAAAGACCAAGGUAUAAACAUACGCCAAAAGGUGAAAGAAAUGGUAGAGUUUGCCCAGGAUGAUGAUCGACUUCGUGAAGAGAGGAAAAAGGCAAAGAAGAACAAAGACAAAUACAUUGGGGUUUCUUCUGACAGUGUCGGAGGGUUCAGAUAUGGUGAAAGAUACGAUUCUGAGCCCAAGUCAAAAUGGGAUGAAGAAUGGGAUAAAAACAAGGGCGCUUUUCCAUUCAGCGAUAAACUAGGUGAACUGAGUGACAAAAUUGGAAGCACAAUUGAUGAUACCAUCAGCAAGUUCCGGAGGAAAGAUAGAGAGGACUCUCCUGAAAGAUGCAGUGAUAGUGAUGAGGAAAAGAAAGCAAGAAGAGGUAAAUCCUCCAAAGGUGAAUUCAAAGAUGAAGAGGAGACGGUGACGACCAAACAUAUUCAUAUAACACAGGCCACAGAGACCACCACCACCAGACACAAACGCACAGCAAAUCCUUCCAAAACCAUUGAUCUGGGAGCAGCAGCACAUUACACGGGAGACAAAACAAGUCCGGAUCAGAAUGCAGCUCAUACCCCACAAUCUACAAUAAAGGUAAGAUGUAACUUCCAUUCUUCCAACUCUGAAACCAUGUUUGUUUUAAGAACAAGGGAACUCGGAAUUAAGUAGAUUAUAGAGCAGCCC